CCUUUUUUGGGUACGAGACACGAUAUCGUAGAGCGAAAAUACCACACCGCCUGUGAUGGCAAGGGAUACAUUUCGGUAUACGAAUAUCCGCUUAACGGACAUACGGUUAUGAUGGAUAAGAACAGCGGUUUCAUUUUGUGGACCAGCCUAUGGAAAGUUGAUGUAGUAGGAAUACUGAAUUCGUACCCAGAUCGUUCUCAAGUUAUGCGCAUCAUCAAAGAUGGUGUUGAAGCAAUUCAGGGCACAUGGUUAGCGUAUGAGGUGCGAAAAGGCGCUUGGAACGUCAAGGAAGAUCUUAUUCCAUUAUUCGGGUAA